GAACGUGGUUGAGAUAUGUACUAUCCGACGGCCAGAAUUCACUCUAGUUUACAAAAAAAAUAAGCAAAGCCGGCGAAUGCGCAGACCUUAAACCCUCUCCGAACAACACCAGGGGAUUCUAGGGUUUUUGGAACCGAGCUGGAGGUAGAAGAAGAGCUCUGAGCAAUGGCUUUUACCAAUAAAAUUGGGAGCCUCCUCAAGAAGGCAGUGCCGUCAAACCCAUCAAUCUAUCAGGUAGUGCGAUGCAUGUCGUCUUCGAAACUUUUUGUUGGAGGACUGUCUUAUAGCACAGAUGAUCAGAGCCUUAGAGACGCUUUUUCGGGUUACGGCGAAGUUGUUGACGCGAGGGUUAUCACUGAUCGGGAGUCUGGCAGGUCAAGAGGCUUUGGUUUUAUAAGCUUCACAUCUGGUGAAGAGGCCUCUGCUGCCAUGACAGCCCUAGAUGGAAAGGAACUACAUGGACGCAUUGUUCGAGUUAGUUUUGCCACUGAACGUCGUGCUGGUUUUGGCGGCGGCGGUUACGACGGUGGCAGCGGUUAUGGUGGUGGUGGAGGUUGCGGAGGUCAUGGUGGAGGUGGUGAUGACUUUGGCAGUGGAGGUGCCGGUGGUGGUUUUGGUAGCGGGGGAAGAUACAAUUUUAAUAAGGGUGGGAGAAAUAAUGAAGAUUUCAAGGGUGAUUAUGAUGAUGGUGAUGAUUAUGCAAACAAAAGAGGCUGAUCAUACUUAACUCAUUCUUCUGAAAUGAG